AUGUUCCAACGCUCCGCAUUCUUAUCGACGCUGCUCGCAUAUGUCAUAACCUGUGGUGAAGGUGCUUCCGACCGCACACUGCUUAAGAUAUCUUAUCGUGGAGCCCCACUCGACAUUCGUCUCGUGCCAACUAUGAUAUCACAGGCCGCUGCAGUCUCUGGUGAAGGAGCAAGCUUCCUCAGCCAAGACGACCGUGAGUGCGAAAGAUGCUUUGCGCUGGAUGGCAUGAUCUACGACUUGAAAGCUGUAGGUGUCCAAAUUGUAGAGUCUACAUGCUCCGUUGGUUACGAGCAAAUUCUGAACUAUUUGAGGAAGGCUCGAGCCAUGCUAGGCAUCCAAUUUUACUGCGAGCCCGACUCUGUGGUCACCAUUAACCCGAUCAACGGGCCGAUUGAGGCAUCAGAAACUUGUACUGGCGGCAAUCCCGUUCUUGGCACCAACGACCCCGGUUCUUCUUGCCAGCGUAACCUCGAGGUCAUCAACAUCGGACAAGCAUGGCGUUAUGCUCGCGAAGCUAAGCGCGAACUAAAGGAUAUCGUGCUGGCCAUCAGCGACACUGGAGUUGAUAUGACCCACCCGGAUCUGGUUGGUCAGUUCUGGAAGAACCCGAAAGAUGGCUCCAUCGGGUAUAACUUCAUCACGAACAGUAUCGAUGUUACUGAUGACAAUGGGCAUG